CGGAGAACGAGGGUGCCGGCGCCGCAGCGGACCCGACAGUGCGGCGCCCGACGGGCUCCGACCGCGUUCGUCGGCGGAGUCAACGAGGAGGAGCCGGGGUUCAGACUCCGGGGAGGCAGCCAGGCCCCAUCCGGACUCCCACGCCGGCAAAACAUUCGAGGUAGACAAGUCCAGGCGCUGGUGCGAGGCCACGGCUCUGUCAAGGAAAGGAACCGCUAAGAGAGCGUCGUCUGCUGCCGCAUCUCGCGAAGCUCCGUCGCGGCCGAGACGGGACGAGAGCACCAUGAGAGAUGUCAAGAUGGCCGAACUGAAGGUGGAGGCUCCGCUGGCUCGGACCGAAGAGUGGUCCGACUUCAGCGACUUCCAGAGCUCCGAGGACGUGGAGAACUCGAACGCGACCUCAAACAAGUCGACGCCUUCCUCGAUCACCGACGGCGGCACAAACAACGGCGUCAAUCAGGCGUCCAACAACGACAACUCGUUCGCUGACUGCAACUUCAGCGAGACGUUCUCCAACUCGCUCGAAGAUCUGGUGAACACGUUCGACGACAAGAUCACAAAGUGCUUCUGCGACUACGACGAGAACGUGGAGAAGCUAGCGCCCGUGCAAAUCCGAACGCAGGAGGAAAUACUGAACGAGUGCCAGACUUGGUGGACGAUCACUGGCAACUUUGGCAACAUCCUGCCCAUCGACUGGUCCAAGUCUUACGCCAGGAAACUGCAGCUGCCAGCGCUCAACCUCAAUGAACGAAUGAAAUCUGAACGUCUAGAUGGCGGCCUCGACAAUGGCUCGGACGACGAAGAGGAGCUGGCCAAGGAUCUGGACCUUCAUGCACUCAUCCUCUCCAGCCUACAGCAGGAGCCCAUCUUCACAGCUGAGCAGGUGCUUGAGGAGAUUGACGAGAUCAUGCAGGAGACCGCUCCCUCCGAAGGGGUUCCAUCACCCGACGGCUCCCCGGAGAAGACGGCCAACGAUGCCAUGACCAAAAAUGCUAUCUCGUCACUCGUCUAUGGAGAAAGGCUCAAGACGCUGUCGACAGCCGAGCUGAACGAGGUGCUGGUGGAGCUGGAGCGGCUGAUCCGUGAUCACUCCGAGACGCUCAUCCAGGAGCUGGCCCUGAGGGACGAGCUCGAGUACGAGAAGGAACUCAAGAACACCUUCAUCUCUCUGCUGCUCAGCGUGCAGAACAAGCGCCGGCACUUCCACAUUGACCGGCGCAAGGGGCGCCCCGCCAACUAUCACAGUGUACCCGAACCCAAGUAUCUCACUACGGUGAUCCCCUACAAUGUCGACAAGGGUUCUCCAAACAACGCCUCCUUACAAAUCCUCAUCAAAAUUCUCCACGCCAUCAAUGAUGACAGCCCCACAGUGCCGACGCUCUUGACAGAUUACAUCCUGAAAAUUUUAUGUCCGACGUAAAGCAAGGUGAUGCUGAGAAGCAAACAACUUUGCCAGAUCAUUCUUGCGGCCCACACCGGUGCCGACCUCGGCCCUCGGCUUUCGUCACUCUGCACGAGGCUGGCGUCCAUCGAUGGCAGCUGAAGGCUGAAGUCCGCAAAAACGCUUGUCGCCCGCGUCAUCCCAGGAAGACUGGUUGCUAGGAUUUUACGAUGUCAUCGUUCUCUUUGUUUCGGCUUCAUGUCUUACGAGAUUUAUUUAUUAUUAGAAGGACAGGGGAGGGGAGGAGGAGUCACUGGCGAAAAAAAUUUUCGUCCUUGCGGUUUUUAUUUUUUUAUUUUUUAGAACAAACCUUAAAGUAGGAAGACUGCUUGGGGACCCUUUGCUGUCGGCAACUAUCAAGGCUAUUCAGACGGCAUGUGGCUGUAAUGUUAACUGAGCGUUUCAUAGUCAAGUUUUUAUUUUUAUGUGUUUUUACCGUGUCUUUAGCAGCGACUGCAGCUGAAAAAUCAAAAAAGGGGUACAGGCUUUUAUACUGGCAACAACUGGCGACUAUUCAACAGAGACACUGGCCAGCCAGCUUCCAUUUUUUAUUGUCAGAACAAAUUUUAUAAAAAAUAUUUGGCAACAGACAUUGCAUUCAGGCUUUCCAAGUGUAUUGCCUCAGUAAGGUGACAUCAAAAUAUACAGCAAUGGCCUAAGUGUGUGCUACUAAUUGAAGAUGUUUCAAGUCGAGCAUUUGUAAAGUAGCCUCCAUGUGAGGAGGAGGAAUCUGAAGACUUGCACGUCUACACACGCCCCUCGUUACUCUAUUAGGUACAGUGUCCGGGCUUGGCGGCCAUGGCCUCCUUGUUUCGUCAUGCCAGAGACGGAGCUUCACGAACGCUAUGGCAAAGGGUCUCGAGUGAGUCGGGACUAUCACCGUUACCACUCACGCGAUGGCUUUAUUUGUUGAAGCAUCAUUUCAGACCUUGAGCAAGGCAGUAAAAGGUCGCUCGCCAGUAGUCGGCCGGCUUUUCGCGCGGGCCCGAUUCUCAACGUAUGGCACUGCGUGGCAACGCACCUCUCGCCCACGUCAUAGUCAAACUCAAGCCAAUGGACUUAGGUUUCGCGGUUAUUUGCAAGGUGUCUUUCAUGCUUGGAGCUUGUUUUAGAGCUUGCACUCGUUUUUUUUAUUGUGCGCUGAAAGACAGCUAUAUGAAGUUUAUGUAUAGUUUAUUUAGAGUGUACAAAUGCGGGAGCUGCACUGUGGAACGAUCACUUCUGGGAGCGUCGACAUCGGUCAGUGUCGGUUGAAGCGUUGGCAGCUCUGGCUUUACGUUUUUUAUGUGAGCCUGUGUGCCUCGGUUGCACGCCAGAAUGUGUCCUUGUUGUUGAGACGUUCACUGCAUUAGCGAGGGCCAGAGAAACUAGGGAUGUUUCAUUUGCCAAACGACGUUUCUUUGAGCCUUGUAAACACGGAGUCGAAUUUCGGGCCGGUCGGUGCAACAUAAUGUUGGAACUUCAAAUGGGGUGCACACACAGAGACAAUUACACAACCUUUUUUGUGUGCUUUUGUUGUCUUAACUGUGUUUUCACCGUUGAGGCUUGCCUUAGCGGCACUCCAGCUGCGGGCCACCUUCACAUAACUGCCGAACUAGUACAGUGAGCCAUUUGACAUAUUUACGGAGAUAUUGUGGCACUGUGCUAGAAGCUGAGAUCUGAACUUUACGCCUUUGCUUUGAAUGCCUAGUGUCUGCUCUGCAUCUCGAAGAACAUACCUUGGUGUAACCACAGUGACGUUCCUAAAUCAAUGCACCGAGCUCACAGUUGAGUGUUGUAGUGCACGAAAAGACAUUAUUAUUAUGUUUUCAAUGACAACCUUAUAGAGUACGUACAUAAGUGAUCGUUGCACAGUGUGGGUCCGGCUGUUUUAUUGAAUCAGUGUUGUUCUUUAUCAGGGUCUUUUUUUUCUAUUCAUGUUUUUUGCACGUGUACAACUUAAUUUUUUUUUUGUGGCCUGUUUUUCUUGGCUUUUACCCCUUGUUGUAUCUGUUUUAUUCCCAGCCAUGGAACAUUUUAUACCUGAUUUUGUGAGGGGCAAAAACUGAACUUCUCUUUACACAAAUGUUUUAAUGCUUAACACUAUUCCUGAUGGUUUUUGUCUUUCUUUCCCUCUAGGGCAUUCAGUAAACUGCUUGAAAAUGCCAGUAAAGCUGCUUGUAGAUUUUGGAAAUUUUUACAUCCGUGCUGAUUAAUCAAAUUACUGCAGGUUUUGAUGAGGAUUACAAGAUUGGAAGAGUAGGUCUUUAAGCAAUGUUCUUUCGGUAGCUACGGCUGGCUAAGGCUGUGGACUUACUUAGUUGGAUGAAAUGCUCUAGGUUGAGUCUGAUUCAUAGGCAGUGAAGCUUUAUGUGCAGCUUAAAAUCUGACAUUGCUGCAUUUGUACAAUUUCCACUAUUCAGGGUUUCAGCAGGAAACUCGGUGAAAUUGCGCAGCUGUAGCCACGUGAUUGUGAAGCAAGCAAAGUGCAAUGGUUUUGAAAUUCUUUACAGGGUACGAAAUCUCAAGAAUUUUUAGACUUUGCUUUUUGUGGCAACAGGUGGUUGUAAUCUUCAGUUGGCAUUCAGUGAAAGAUUCUGGGAACAUAGACAUUUAAAAUAUAUGCUGGAAAGGUGGCUUGGGUACCCAAAUCAUCACAAUAUUAUUGCACUCAUCAGCACUUAGUGUGCUUCGAUUGUAGUGUAAGUUUUAAACCACGAACUUGCAAGACCAUAGUAGCAUGCACAAAAUAGUAAUGUGUAAGGGUUUCGUGGGCUCUCUCUCUCUUUGCAUAUGUCCAUCGAACUGACAGUACAUUGUGAUGAUAAAAUUACAGUUCGGAAUCUGCUAUUUGAAUGCAUUCCUGUUAGAUCUGCAUGUGUUAAUUGAACUCACAGUACAUCGUGAUGAUAAAAUUAAAGUUUGGAUUGAAUGCAUUCCUGUUAGUAAUGCUUCGUUAGACUUUGAGGUGUGAAUGUAUACUUUCAAAUCUUGCGCUUUUGAGUGUCUCUAAACCAUGACACGUGGAAGCAAACUUUUGCCGACACAUAUGCUUUCGCAGCUGUCAUUCAGCUGUUCACACUUCUUGCAACAAAACUGACACGUAGUUCCAGGUCAUUGGACAUUGUUCAUAUCGGCUUUGGCACGAUGUUGUCAGUCAUUUACUCACGUGCCAUGUACUGAUUCCUUGAAUCUUGAGUGUAACAGAAGUGUCUACUUCUUGUUACAAUGCGCAUGAACAAAUUAGCAUUGUACAAAGAUUGCAAAAGCAAUAUUGUCUUUUGUGUCUUAGUUAUCAGUGCUCCUCCUUUCUUCCUUGAAAGCUUGUUUAAAGUGACAAAUGGAUUCUCAUGAAUUACUUAAGAAGUUCAGGUUGCAAUCAAGUAUGCUACUCAGAUUUAUGAAUUUUGCAUAAAUGCGCUAUAAGAAAGAACUGCGAAACAUGAUGACAGAUGUGAGGAAUAACAAAGAAAAAAUGAAGGGGAUGCUUCUCGACAGCAUUGUGAAGCCACACAUGGCUGUUGAAAAGUAUAUUCAAUAUCUAUUUUAUAGUAAUGCCACUUUUGCAUGUCACGAAAUGAUGUCAAUGAUAAAUGUGCGUUCUAGCUUGGGGUAGCGCUUUACAUUGAAAACUGCUUCCUGAAACCAGCCUAGCGAACAUAGAUAGUGACGUAUCUGCACUUUCGUGCCAGUGUUUCUCGGCAUCUUACCUCGACCUCGAAACGUGGCAGGAAAACCCGAGCAUCUUUCUCGUAAAGGCCAUACAUGAAAAUGCAUUCUCUCCAUGCGAAUGAAUUGGAGCAGAAAAGUGAUGUUGCGAUGUUCUUGUGUUCUGCUGUUCAUUGCCAGGUGUUUUUGCUUCCAGAAUUGUGCUUACUGGACAUACGAGACACACUGAAGAUUGUGUGAACGGAAAAGGAAAAUCGAUCAUGCAGUUACAGAUUGAGUGCAGAAAGCGUCAAGCUUUUGACAAUGGCAUAUUCACGUUGGGAUCAUUUGGGAGCGUGCUGUAGCAGUUGACGAUAUAGUAUGCUGUUAUUUAUGUGCGUUAUUGUAGUUUGACAUUAAUACUUGCAAUAAAAGGCUCGAACUAAACAUCAAGACAGGUGUGCAUUGAUGCAGUGUCCUGGCGUAUGUGUGUUCAAACCCACUGUUUUUUUAAACAAUUAAGUUCAGUUUUUUUUCACACUCUAAAAUGCACUUUUGAGGUGUAACCGCUUUUGCGAAAUUUUUAAAGUAACCACACUCCUGCUCCUGCUAAUAAUUUCACAACACAAUCAUUGUACACUUCUUUCUAACAAAUGGUGUGUUCCUGUUAGUUAAAUCAAUCUCUUGACGCUUUCUGUAUUCAGGCUGACCGAACGUUCCUGUAAGCUUUCGAUGCUAGCAAAACAGAAAAUGGAUUGAUUUGCGAAUCCAAGUUGCUAUGGACAUGCAAAUCACUGAAGUACUUCUUCACGUCUAUUCGAAGCAGGUCGGUGCUGCCGUUGCAGCUUUGCAAUCGUGUUGGCGAAGACGUAUUUCUUUUUUCCCAAUGCUAUUUGUCUCAGCUGACGACGCGAUUAUGGCGCGCGACACUUGAGCCUGUACAGCAUAAUGCCAUGUGCAAUCGCUUAGGGAGUUUUCUUAAGCACAUUCUUUCAUUGUUAAACUGUCGACAUUUCCUCCGCAACCACACGUUGAUUGUAUCAUCAAUGUUCUCUCAUUUCUCGCUGCUUGCGGAGUUUGUCUGCUUAUCUGUGCAACUAUUUUUCAAAGCCUUUUGAAGCAUGAUGUUGAACUCUAUAUCACCUUCCUCCAAGUCCACAAAACGAUGCAGUGUUCUCUGCACGGCACGUGCGCUUCAUAAAAUAUGUGUUGUUUUGUGAUAUGUUAUGGCAUAUCUAUUUUUUGUACAUAAAUCUCUACCCUCACCAGUUACAAAUAUCUAGAAGUGUGCAUGUCGAUAUAAAUGUGCAGGCCUGACCCAUUUUCUGGCAUUGCAGUUUCAUGAUACACCUGAAAAAAUGCGUGCUGCAGCUUUAUCAUUUCCUUGUGCAGCUUAUCGUUUGAUAAAUCAGGGUAAGCACGAUUUGCUCUGGAAAGAUAGAGGCGUAUAGCUGACAUAAGAAGAUAUUGGUUUUGUUUAGAUAGAGCUGUCAUUUUACAGAUGAAUGCUAAAACAGAUGUUUGUUCUAAAGCUUUUGGUGCAAACUUCACAAAAUCUUGUAGACAGGCAAAUUGCUUUUGCAUAAAGACAGUGUCAAAUUUCAGCUUAUUUGGAAGUUUGGAUUCGAUGCAAGUUACUUGACAUAUUAUAUGUUGUACGUCUGAUAACUUUACAUCUGACAUCUCAUUUUUUAAAAAAAGCAUAUUGCAUAAUUUCACUGUGCAAUAUUUGUCAACUUGUGCAGCCAUUUUAUUGUUUCACCUGCUUGUCUCCCAUGAUGUUGGAUUCGUGGAAACUAUAUCAUUGAGUAUUAUGAAAAAGGUCAAAAUAUCAAUCAAGCUUACCAGACACUUGUUGACACAGAAACAUAUAACAUGAGGUUCAGGAAUUGUCUUGCGUGUUUUACGUGACUUUCUGGACAUUUAGGAUUUACUAAGUAGCCCAGACUUCCACGUUUUUGGUCCCUAUGUUGAGAUCAGGGCUGUGUUGACAUGCAUCUGCACACAGCGGGAAUCGAGCAACACAGUGUAUGCGUCGUUCAUAACCCAACAACAUUCGCAGUUCAUUUCAAACCCAGCCCAACUAUAGACUGAAGGGCCUGCAUAAUUUCCACCAUCGCUUCGUUGCCAACGUAGCGUUCUUCUCGUUUAUGGCUAGUAACAAUGAGUUCUGUUGAAGAACUCACCUUUGUUCAAGCGCAGUGUCUUCUUUCAGAUUCUUUCAAUGCACUGAUGAGUGUGCUCUUCUCAGGUUCCUGCAGUUUCGUUCGUUUGCUUCCAGUGCAGCUGCCAAAAUAUAAUCUUGUCAAGGUGUUUACGAUGAGUGAAUGAGUGAGCGAGUGCGAACGACUGUGGAUGGGACUGCUGUACAGCGACAGGUUUACUAUAUCAGCUCCUGAAGCGUUAGUCGUCAAUGUGCCGCUGUCUCGUGCAAUCCUCAAGCACCGUUUGCAGCAAAGAAACGAAAGGCUGAACCCAUAACCGAUGUGAUCAUAGCAGGUCACAACGGAAACCUUCAGAGGCAGCAAUGAAACCAAACAUAGUUGUAGGCACGUGUGUGCGCACUCCCUUCCCAUUUGCCGUUGUGUUGGACCCUCCACAGAAUGCCACUAAAUUGUGUCUUGUAGUUUAUUUGAGCUAAAUAGUAUGGUUUGUGUACUAUUCGACCCUGUAGGAGUUUGCAGUUUGUUGUAGUACUGAAUAUUUAUUCGCAGUUUUUCAAUGUCGGGCUGAUACAAUUUAUCCUACCUUCCACUAAAACAAAGGACUUGAAGCACACGGUUUUUAUGCGUUCGAAAUGCUUAGUCUCUUGUAAGAUCUUUCGAGAUAAUGUAACAGAGUGAGCUUUAACGAUAACCGAUGCUGUCUGGGAGCUGUACAGUCUGGCAGUGCCUGUACUAUGGGAAGAAGUGCUGGAAAAAUAUGCGUGGCCAUAUCUGGAUGUUCAGAUGAACUUGUACAUUAUUUAUUGCUCUGCAAAACUUCCUCCUAAGCACCACUUUUAAAACUGUGUGUACAGCACCUUACUGUGAAGUGCACGCGACUCUGUGUAGUAGUAGUUCAAAUCCGUUUUUUUCCGUUUCAUUUUUCUGAUCAUCGUGUCUGUCGGGUCGUUUGGGCGACGCACAGAAAGCUCAUUCGAAGGUCACAAACUUGUAACAAUAUACGAAGCGUGCAUGGUCUGUUCCUGCAGCUUGUUCUAAUUGCAAUGCACCUGCAUUGAAAUGUAGCUCUGUGGCGUGCCGUUGAUUGCAUUAUGCCGCUAGACAUGGAGUUGUGAACUGUGGCAACUCGCAUUGUGCUUGCAAUGCCAGGUUCCUCUAGCCCGAAAUGUUGCUCUGUAGUGUUGCACAGACUGCAGUGGCUGUGGUUUGUUGAGAGUGAGUGCAGGGAGUGAUGGAGUCAUGCCGAGAUUUUUUUUCUGCAUUAUACAACUGUGCUACAGCAUAGCACGACCAUGGAACUAUUAGACGACUUGGACACCCUUUUGAGGUACUUGUGUGUGCUGGCGGUUUCUUGCGUUGAAGAGAUAAAUAAAAGAUGGACUCUAUCUUGA